AUGUCCUUCUUUUUCCUCCUCCUUCUCUUUCUCUUCUCCCAUUUUCUCACCCCCUCUCUUUCUCAACCACCUCCCCUCAAAGGCUUCCUCAUCAACUGCGGUUCUUCGUCAAAGACCAUCAUCGAUAACCAUUCAUGGCUUCCCGAUUCAAACUUCAUCUCAUCAGGCACACCCAGAAACAUAACCUCCUCAGUUCUAAUUCCAACGCUCAGAACCCUUCGUUCUUUCCCUCAUCAAGUCAAAAAACACUGCUACAAUAUUCCUGUGUAUCGCGGUGCAAAGUAUUUGGUGCGGACUACUUUUUUCUACGGAGGAGUCAACGGUCCUGAUCACCCUUCGCCGCCGGUGUUUGAUCAGAUCGUUGACGGGACUCUAUGGACCGUGGUUAAUACUACAGAAGAUUAUGCUCAUGGAAAUUCAACUUUUUAUGAAGGGGUUUUCUUAGCUAAGGGCAAGUUUUUGAGCUUCUGUAUUGGAUCAAAUAGUUAUACGGAUUCUGAUCCGUUUGUAUCUGCUUUGGAGUUUUUGAUUCUUGGGGAUUCACUUUAUAAUACUACUGAUUUCAAGAACUUUGCUAUUGGUUUGGUUGGUAGACACAGCUUUGGUUACUCCGGUGUACCGAUUAGAUAUCCUGAUGAUCAAUUCGACCGUAUUUGGGAGCCGUUUGGGCAGAGUAAUACAACCAAAGCAAACACUGACAAUGUUUCCGUUUCUGGCUUUUGGAAUCUUCCACCUUCAAAGGUAUUCGAAACACAUCUAGGAUCGGAUCAGUUAGAAUCCUUGGAAUUGAGAUGGCCUACGGCAUCACUGCCAAGGUCGAAAUACUACAUUGCUCUAUACUUUGCUGACGACGCUGCUGGAUCAAGAAUUUUUAACAUAAGUGUAAAUGGUGUACAUUAUUACCGCGAUUUGAAUGCAAUCCCAUCCGGCGUUGUUGUCUUUGCCAACCAAUGGCCUCUUUCUGGUCCUACAACAAUAACUUUAACUCCUUCAGCUAGUUCAUCUUCGGGGCCCCUAAUUAAUGCCGGUGAAAUUUUUAAUGUCUUGUCUCUUGGAGGAAGAACUUCUACUCGCGAUGUUAUUGCUCUGGAAAGGGUAAAAAAGAGUCUUCGAAAUCCUCCACUUGAUUGGAGUGGCGAUCCUUGUAUGCCUCGACAAUACUCAUGGACCGGUGUCACAUGCUCAGAAGGAUCCAAUAUUCGUGUAGUGACUUUAAAUUUGACGAGUAUGGAUCUUUCUGGAUCUUUAUCGCCUUUUGUUGCCAAUAUGACAGCUUUGACAAACAUCUGGCUUGGAAAUAACAGUUUAUCUGGGCAGAUUCCCAACCUCCGAUCGUUAACAAAGUUGGAGACGCUGCACUUGGAAGACAAUCAAUUCAGUGGAGAGAUUCCCUCGUCCCUUGGAAACAUCGGCGGCUUAAAAGAAGUAUUUUUACAAAACAACGAUUUAACCGGUCAAGUUCCAGCAAACCUCAUUGGAAAACCGGGAUUGAUCGUCAGAACUUCUGGAAAUAAUUUCUUGUCACCUCCAGCACCUUGA